GGUUGCUAUGAGACCCGCUCAGAGCACAGGACCAACAGCCAGCCGGGCGCUGAUGGUUCUUACCUCGCACUAAACCUUUCUUUUGACCCAGUUUUAGAGUUGCUCAACCUCUGAGCAAGCCCCUGCCACGGGCGGCUCGCUCCGUCUCUAUUGUCCUCGGGCCCCUCCGGUGAGAUGGAGGUGGGAAGCGAAGCCAGCUGCUCCCCCAGCGGCGCCUCAGCGGCAGGCGGGUCCAGGGAGUACAAGGUGGUAAUGCUGGGAGCAGGGGGAGUUGGUAAAAGCGCAAUGACAAUGCAGUUUAUUAGUCAUCAGUUCCCUGAUUACCAUGACCCCACUAUUGAAGAUGCUUAUAAGACCCAGGUUAGGAUCGACAAUGAGCCAGCUUAUUUGGACAUCUUGGACACUGCUGGUCAGGCCGAGUUCACGGCCAUGAGGGAGCAGUACAUGCGAGGCGGGGAGGGAUUCAUCGUGUGCUACUCCGUCACCGACCGCCAAUCAUUUCAGGAGGCUGCCAAGUUUAAAGAGCUCAUUUUUCAGGUCCGUCACACCUAUGAAAUUCCCCUGGUUCUGGUGGGUAACAAAAUUGACCUGGACCAGUUCCGCCAGGUCUCUACAGAAGAAGGCUUGGGUCUGGCCCGAGAAUAUAACUGUGCUUUCUUUGAGACCUCUGCGGCCCUCAGAUUCUGCAUUGAUGAUGCCUUUCAUGGUUUAGUGAGGGAAAUCCGCAAGAAGGAGUCUGUGCCAUCCUUGACGGAAAAGAAAUUGAAGAGGAAAGACAGCCUGUGGAAGAAGUUAAAAGGCUCACUGAAGAAGAAGAGAGAAAACACGACGUGCUAGCCUUACAUCUAAGUCCUCACUCCUUACUCUAUCAGUUGGACAACUUCAGAUUUGCAUUCUGCUUCAAUUCUCUCUCUCUCGUGCUCUCAUAUCUGCCUGUAGGUAAAAGCAAGACCUGCGUUAACUGUACCUCUUGAGAUAGUUUUGUUUCGCCCUUAACAGUUGGAUGAGUUUUGUCAAUCAGCUGGAUAUGCUGUUUAGUUUUUAUAAUAUAUGACUAAAUAAAAUUGACAUUCCAAUCGACUCA